AGAAUGUAGCUGCAGCUACUCCUGUAGCUGAACAGUCGUGGAUGGCAUCGACUGUGGGUAAUGUUGGCUCCCUGCCCACUAUUUCCAUACUGACAAUAAAAUCUAGUAGUUACAGUGUGUCAGGUACUCUUCUUAGCCCUUUACACAAAAAAGUUCUUUUAAACCUCACAACUACCUUUGGUUUUUUGGGUUUUUUUCCUUCAAAACUACCUUUGAAGUAUCAUUAUUACACUCAUUUUGCAGAUGAGGACACAGGCACAGAGACGUUAAGUAAUUUGCCUCAAAUUAUACAGCUAGUGAAUGGUAGAGCGCUAAAGUUUGUGCUCUUAGAGCUGUGCUGUACCACAUGAUAGGAAGUCAGCUAUGAAAGGAAAGGGUGAGGUGACCCCUUUGCCUCUAGAGCUGGGGUCAGCAAGCUGGCUGUGUUUGUACCAGGUUGCUAACAGUGGCUUUUAGCUGUGUAUGGAAGGAGAUUUCCUGCUGGUCCAGAGCAGCAACUUUCACAGGGCAGCCAGCAUCUGGCCCAGGCUGUGUCUUUCCUUCUUAUUCUAAUGAUUGUUUCUGCCUUUCAGGAACCAAAACUACCUCAAAACAAAACAAAAAUCAGUAAGAUGGCACUGAUCGUGAGGCAGGAGAAGGAGGUACAGCUGAGACUGACAGACUUGGGCCCAUAGCCUUUAACUGUUGCUUCCUCAAUGUGUUAUCACACCCUCAUUCCUUAGCUGUGAGCUUCGCAUUCAUCAAAUAGAUGUAUUAAGACAAAGCCAUAGGUCUGAGGUUAACAGUGAAAUGAGUGGCGUGUAAGAGUCUGGCAGGGUGGUACAGGCUUAACAAAGGACAGCGGUGUGAUGAAAACUCUUGUCUCACCAAACAUAGUCUAAUUUUCCUGUUUGGCUUUUUGUCCAAGUUUAUUCCCAGGGCUUGCUGCCUGAUCUGCAACGUAUAUGGGUUAUAGACUCCUUUGAGAAUCUGGUGAAAGCUGUGGGCCUGAAGAAGGUAUAAAUGCAUCCUUAACCUGGCAUAGUUGGAACAGGUUCACCGGCCAGGGGAGGAUCGAUCACUGCCUUGACAGGCCAUUGAUCUCUGGGUUUUUUUUCCCUCCAGUUUUAGCCCCAAGCUUCCUAGGGACUAUGGCCACCCUUCCUUGUCCCAUAUCUUGGCUUCAUUUUACCCUUAGACUUUUAUUCUGGUUCUUUUGAGUCGUUUGGAGAUAUCAGCCCAAAAUCAAACUUACCCUUUCUUAGCCCAGACCAGGCACUGAGCCUCUUGGUCUGAAACCUUUUAUCCCAGGAGUGCUCUACGGAGAAGACUGUCCUAUAAGCCCUUGCUAAGCUUCUGCUUUUGGAUAAAAUUGUUCAAGGCUGCUUUAAGCCUGUCCCUCACCAAGGGGCUUCCCUCUCUACGCUUGGAGACCCAGAGCUCUGUGUAGCAGGGUCCUGCGGGGGUGGUGUGGGGCUGGUGGAUGGUGUGGAAUAUGAGUUAUAUCUCAGUGCUCCUGUACAUGAUAUGUAUGGGAUCUGGAAUCAUUUUAUGGUUUAUUCUAUCUGUAGAAAUCCAUAAAGAAAAGGAAAAUGGGUGAAGUCUCUUAACAAGGGAUCACUGUUGUGGGCCUCUGUGCCUAUAACCCACCCACCUGGAGCCUCCAGCCAGGGUGUGGCUCCUUCAUCUGCUGCUGGGGCACAAUCCCGUGUUCAUUUAGCCCUUCUUUUCCCCAGCAGUGCACUUGCUCCCACAAGGGCUUUUAUCUCUGCAGAAUGCGGCAAAGGGGAUUUUUCCGUCGGCCAACAGAGUCCCAGAGAUACAGGCCCAGAAGUCCGUGCCAGUUCUAGCCAGCAAUUGAGCAAAUACACUUUGACUCUUUGUUGAAGUUUUACCUGGAAAAGUCUUUCCAUUUCAGAGGCUUUCAUUUUUCAUUAGGCAUCUCCUGCUCAGGGGCAGCAAAAGUUUCCAAUUACUGUCAAGCCCUUCAUGAUUUCCCCUCUACCUGGAAUGUGUUUCAGAUAGCUGCUCAUGUAGCUACACACUCUGUCUCCCAUUUCACCCUAGGCACUUAACCUCAGAAACACUUGUAUUGUUGUAUUCAGAGUUUCCAAGCUGUAAGCUAUCAAACAUGCUUCAGUCUCACUUUCUUCUUCUAAAUUAAUCAUUUGAACCCCCAAAUGUCAGUGCCUGAGGGGCCUCAGAGAUAUGCUCCCAUCUCAUUGACAGAACAAGAAACUAAAGCCCAAAGAGGGGCAGGGCUGGCAUCUGGUCAGCUCCCCUACCUGGGCCCCCGGCUCCUGCCUCCCAGCCAAGCAUUUCUCCUUAUGGACGCCUAGACCUUUCUGCUGGAGGAAGGAACAUGUACUUUGGGUUGAUUCAUUCAGCAAAAUAGUUGAUUGUAGAGAGCCCCUAGACUUUUACAAUUUUUAUUUUUUAAUGUCAGGAAUAGGCCACAGCUACUCAAGGGAUGUGGGAUGGCUGUGGACAACUUCUGUCACUUCAGUUUAAUGCUGUUUGGAUGCUGCUUCGCUUUUAAAAGUUUGAUUUUGCUCCAUAUUUAAAUAAAACAACUACAGAGUUUGUAGACACAUGAAAUACUCUCCCUCACAGUGAUUCCUUCCACAGGCAGUAACUAAUGCAUCUUUUCUUUUGGGAGGAGGGAUGGCAUACAAGAUAGAGGCUUAAGGGACUUCCCGGACGGUCCAGUCGUUGAGACUCUGUGCUUCCACCGCAGGGGGCGUGAGUUCCAUCCCUGGUCGAGGAACUAAGAUCCUGCAUGCCUUGCGGUGAGGCCAAAAAAAAAAAUAAGAGGCUUGACCUACAAAGGCUUCUGCAGUGUUGUCACACCCAUGAUGAUGAAUAGUCCUUCUUCCCGCGCACAGAGGGGGCCCAGAGCCUCAGGCCCUUAUCCUUGGCUGUCGUAUUGGCUUUAUAAGUUAAUACAAAAGGCUACUUUGAUUUUCCUUGAAAUACAGGAAGGCAGAAAUGGAGGAUUAGGAGAAAGUAUCCGUCUUUGGAAUCAGCACUUUCCAAAUCCCAUUUGGCACAUCCGUCUACGCUCAACAGGAGGCUGGCACUCAGUCCACAGACCCAACUGGCUCUAGGAUAUCACGCUGUUCAGUCUUUCACUUAAUCAGAUUUGUGUUCUUACCCAGUGUUCACUAGGUCACCACACAGCCUCUUCCCCACCCCACAAAAGUUCUAGCUAAGCCCCUACUUGGGGUCAUUCUGUAUCAAAGCUCAGGAGUAAAGGGAAGGAACAGCUGACUAGUCUCAAAAUUGCAGGAUUGCUUAGGUGAGUUUGGCAUAGUUCUGCUUCUCAAUGUUCCUUAAGUGCAAGCAGUGGUAUCUCCCUCCAGGCCUUGCCUGGUCCUGAGACGACUGGAACCAAGCAGACAGAUGUGUGGAGUCACAACCCGCCCAAUCCCAGCUCUGAGGCCCACCAUACCACCCUCUUCUCCCUUGGCAAGAGGAUUCGUGACUGUCCUGUUCCACCUUCAGCUGUGCCACAUCUCCUCCACUUUUCCUUGGGAACAGGCAGGCCCUCACCACAUAUCCAACCUGUGAAGAUGAGAAGGGCUUUGGGAAGAGGUAACAGCCAGGUGUUCAGGGAGACACAAGGCUGAAGAAAAAUCUUGUUGCAUUUGUCUUCUUGGCUUUUCCUUCCAGGUUAUAGGAAAAUCUGAAGUCCUAUUUAUCUUACUCAGAAUUCACACCUUUCCACACAAAUUUAUUAAAAUGUCUAUGUCAUUUAAUGGGUACCCAUAACUACUCAUGGUUUAGGUACAUGCUCUUUCUUGGUCUAGAAACUUGUGUUGGUUCCUACUUAAGGUGACAAUGUUUUGGGCUUUGGAGAGAUCUCAGCCCUAUGCCUGCUUCCCUGAGGCUGCUGGAUGUGCUCUGUAAAAGGCCCAGUCAGCUACUGGCAAGAAAGCUAGUAAUUCAAGGUUGACAAUGUUUAUCACCACCAUCAAGCUCUCUCACUGAUUUAGGGGCCCCUGCUAUCUCCUCAUUCACAUUUUAAAAAAGGAAACAAAGUCAACCUAUACUUAUUCAUUCAAUUCACCCAUGAUUGAAACAACCAGUCAGUCCUGAUUGCCCUUCCCCUGGGAGAUGGCAGGUAGGCCAGACUUUGAACUUUCUGCAGCUGGGUUUCCAUUCUUUACAGAGAUGAUGUGGAACAAAUAAUUAGGGUGAUAGUCCAUCUAUACAAAUGGGGAUCUGGGGCACUUGUAGACCAUGCUUGCUGAAGUAUCCUCCCACAGAUGGGAGAUAAGGGCCUUAUCCAAUUGCCUGUAACAAAAUAGGUCAGUGCUUUCCUAGACAAGGCUGAAAGGGGUCAACACUAUUUCUGAAGACCUCAUUAUUAGAAUUCUGUUUUGACUAAAGUGAUCUCACUAAGCUAUUUUGGAAUCAAAACGUGGCUAGGUGUCUGGUCUCCCUCAAUGGCUUCACGUGGCUUUUCAAAGGGGAGGCGGUAGUGCUGACUUUUGGCAAAAUGGGUGAAAAGGUCCACGCCAGCAACAGAUCACUCAAAGUCCAGAUGAGGGAUCAGUAAAUACUACAUGCCUGAAAGGCAGGCCUUGAGCACAUUCCUCUCUGGUAGACAUUAACUUAUUAAAUUGACCCUGACUGCAAAUAUAAACUUUGCCCCCAUCUCACUUGGCAACCAUAGAAGAGGCAGAUCUACCUAUAAAAGGGAGUGGGAACUGUCCCCAGCCUUCAUGAUCCAAUAUCCCAUCUACUGAGAUGUGGCACCUCAAACUCUUUGCAGUACUCCUGGUCUGCCUGUUGCUGUUAGGCCAGGUAUAUGGCUCCCCAAUACCAGAAUUGAGUUCAGCAAAGAGAAGGCUGAGGAGAAUGACCCCAUUUUGGAGAGGGGUUUCCCUCAGGCCCAUUGGAGCCUCCUGUUGGGAUGAUUCUGAAUGUAUCACAAGGCUAUGCAGAAAAAGACGCUGUUCCCUAAAUGUGGCCCAGGAAUGAUGUAUAUACACCAGGGGAAAAGAGGACAGCACUUACCUACAACAAUGCUCCGUUCUAUGGAAUAUUGAUUAACUGCAUUUGGUUGGAGGCACUUAAGUAAAGCAAUGUUGUGUUUUUAGAUGUUUAAAGACAGGUGUAUGCUUUAAAUUGGUCUCCGUUUCUUCUUACAAUGUUGAUAUGCAGAUAAGCAUAACUAGUCAACUUAAGAGUUUAUUUUUCUAUGUAUACUAUAAAAUGUCUCAAACUGAAAUUCUGGCAGCCUGGAA